AGGUGGCCAGGCAAAGGGUCUUGAGUGCGGAACCAUCCCAGAGCGAGGAGGCAUUUAACAUUCUCCUUUGUGCCCGUCAGGGGAGAUUGAAGCAGAGACCGCACUUUACAUUCAGGCUGACCCCACUGCGUCACCUUCUCCAUCUGCCUGGACGUCUUGGAGGACCCCGUCUCCAUCGAGUGCAGCCACAACUUCUGCCGGGGCUGCCUCUCGGCUCACUCAUCCCAGACAUACCGGUGCCCGGAGUGCCACCACCCCUGCUCCAAGCACAGGAUGAUCCCAGACUCACACGUCAAAAGCCUAGUACAGAAAUUCAGAAACAUGCCACAGAGCGGGAGAGAGACAGAGCGGCAGGGGCCGGGGCCUCCACCGGAGAUGGGGUGCCCGGUGCAGCUGGUGCGUCUGGAUGACAAAGGAGACCUGACCCUGGACGAGGAGGCCCUGAGCCGCUGCCUGGAGCAGGGUGGGGUGGGGGACGCCCCCGUCUGCCUGGUGUCCAUCAUUGGGGAGCAGCGCCUGGGCAAAUCCUUCCUGCUGAACUACCUGCUGCGCCGGCUCCAGAGCCUGGACGUGAGGGACGGGUCAUGGAUGGGCCAGAAGGACGAGCCCCUGGAGGGGUUCGAGUGGCGAGCGGAUGAGCAGCAGGUCACCAAGGGGGUGUGGGCCUGGAGUCAGCCCUUCUGGGUCCCGGCCAAAGGGGGGAAGGUGGCCGUGCUGCUGGUCGACACCGAGGGCUCCAUGGACCUUGAACGGAACAAGGAGACGAGCAUCAAACUCUCUGCCAUGGCCAUGCUGCUCAGCUCCUACCAGAUACUGAACAUUGGCCGUCGGGUGAAAGACCCGGAUCUCGAAUACCUGGAGAUGUUUGUGCAGGUGGCCGAAGUGGUGGGAAAGAAAUACAGACUGGAGCCCAUUCAGCACCUAGACCUGCUGGUGCGAGACUGGAGCAGCUCCCUGGUCCUCGGAGCCCAGGGUGGGAAGCAGCAUCUGAGAGACGUCCGACAGAGGCUGGCGGCGACGUCCCCCUGCAAACACCCCAAGGCCUUGGAAACGCUGAAGAGAAUCAGCACCCGCUGUUACCUGAUGCCCUUCCCUGGCAAGCGGAUCAUGAUUGGGAGCGAGGGAACCCUGAGAGACAUGGACAAGGAUUUCCAGGAGAGGCUGAGGGACUAUGUCACCACCUUGGUGAGCUCUGCUGGUCGACACGUCCGGACGGACCGGCAUGGGGAGCUGCUCACUGGGACACAGCUCACUGCCAAGAUAAAGAAUUUAUCUGAUGUGAUGAAGAAACAUCGCUCUGGGUUCUCCUCUCCCUGUCAGAUGGCCAUCACCUUCGACAACCAGAGAGUCCUGGACAGAGCCCGCGCAGACCACACUGCAUUUCUGAACGAUGAGGACAGCAAAUCCCGGAACAUGUUUUGCUGCCUGAAGGUGCGGCCGAGCAAGAUGGCAGAGCAGUUCGCGGAGCGGCGCGGGCAGUUGCUGAGGCGGUGCCGGACGGACAUGCGGGAGCCGGCGCCGGAGAAAGAGGCCCAGCUGACGGAGCUGGAGGCGGAGCUGAAGCAGGAGGCUGAGACCUUCCUGGAGACCUACAGGAAGCGCUUCAAGAAAUUUGUCAUUGCAGCAGGCAUUGGCACGGGGGCGCUGGUCCUGGCACCGGUGGGGGGAGCUGCCGGUGUCGGGGUCGCUGCUGCUGCUGCGCUCGGUAUGGCUGAGGCAGCAGCCAUUGGAGCCGGGGUGGGCGCCGUGGCUGGGAUGUGUGUGGGCGGGGGCGUGGGACAGGGAGUUGGUGGGAAUGUCACCUGGAAGGAUAAGCAGAGGGCUGAGGCCAGCGCCAGCCAAAGGGAGCAGGGGGACGGCACUGAGGAGCAAUCUGAUGAAGCUCCCCUGAUCAGAACAGCGCACCGCCAAGUCUGGGGUGACAAAUAAGGUGAUGGGGCUGCAGAGUGGCCGAGACACUUCGGCCACAAACCAUCCUAGACCAGGGGAGCCACCCACCCACAGAUUCUAAGAAGGGACAUUGGGUAGAAUCUGCUCUGAAAAACCUCCAAUGACUGUGUGACCCCCAGGCCCAUCAGUGCCAGCGGACAGAGGGUUCAGUGCCCUGUGUCAGCACCUUGUAAUAUAUCAAAUGCAAGUCGAGAGCACCCUGAGCAUGAAUAUGCGUGUGUAACAUAGGCCUUGUCACACCGUUUGGGGUCACACUCACAUGUAGAUAUGGAAAACUUGUUUUGAAGUCUGAAUAAAAGCAGGGUUGGCAGACAAGUUUCUGCCAGACAAAGGACGUAUAUUUGCCUGUGUCAUAAAUAUAGAGGGAAGGGUAACAACUGCUUUACCUGUAAGGGGUUAAGUAGUUCAAAUAACCUAGUUGGCACCUGACCAGAAGGACCAAUGAGGAAAGAAGAUACUUUCAAAUCUGGGGGGGGGGGAUUUGUUUGUUUGUUGUUGUGUGGGUUGUUCCCUUUCGGGAUGGUAAAACAUCUCCUGAAAAUAUACUUGGAAUAAUCCAUCUAAAUCCACAGAAAAUGUAAGUAGGGCAAGGAAAUGCAUUAGGUUAUCUUUUGUUUUGGCUUGUGAAUUUUCCUAUGCUACAGAGGUAGUUUUAAUUCCUGUUUUUGUAACUGUGAAGCUGAGCCAGAGGGGAAUCCUCUGUGUUUAAAAGCUUUUUAUUAUCCUGUAAAAGUUA